CACAGACAGACACACACACACACACAAUUCGUAUCACGACAACAGCAGCAGCAGCAGCAGCAGCAGCGGCAGCGAGUCGACCUGCCCGUUCCUCCAGACCACCUAGGCACCUACCACUCAGACUCUCAACAACAGGUAGUACUGCCAGUGAUUCCUGUCUUGUCUUGUCUUGUCUUUAAGCGGCCCUGUUUGCAGCACUUGCCCCCGUCAUUGAUCACCCAUUGUCGACCAGUGGAAAGCGACUGGAGUAGUCGAGCAGCUGUGUGAGUGAGGGGUGUGUGUCUUGUCUCUCUCUCCCUCCGUCCCUCUCCGCCAAUUGAACAUCCAGCAGCCAGCCAGCCAGCCAGCCAGCCAGCACUUCCACGCACUUGCUUGCUUGUAUUUCCGUUUAUCAAUGGCCAGUCGCUCCGCCGCGUAAACAACAACCACUACCUUGCCUACCUACCUACCUACCUACCUACCUACCUACCUCUAGUACCACACACCACUCACUGCACCCACCACCACCACCUUACUUGUCGCCCGCUCUCGCCUGUCCUUGUGUCGCCGCCUCGUAUAUUGUCCAGAGCCGGAGCAGCCUGUGCCUAUUCCUUGGGUUUCCACCUCCCAAGAAACAACCGAAAUGUCGGCAUCCGAAGUACAGGAAGGGGCUGCUGCCCCCCACGAGGCGGUCGCUACCAAAGAGAUGCCCACGGAGACGGUUCAGGAGGUCACCCACGAGCACGAGAAAGAGGACGCUGCUUCCUCUCCCGUAACAGAGACAAAGGACAAGGACUCCCAGCCCGACCACCAGCGACCAGCCUCUCUCGCUCCCACCAACCUGUCCGACCCAGACGACAAGGACACCGAUACGUUUGAAGAUGCCAUCGACACAGGUUCCGUAAGGUCCCUAACAAAACGCUCUUCCUCGUUUCACCGCCCGCGCUCCCCAUCAAUGGACGAUUCUGCCGCCGCCGACGCCGACCACGACGCCCGCUCCCACACCACAGAGACACCCCAAGUUCCCAAGACAGCAGAGAUCAAGGAAGAGGAGCAGGAAGACGUCUUCGAGACCCCGGCACAGGAGCAGGAAAGCAAGUCGCUACACCGCAUCUCGCAUGCUUCCAAGGUUUCAGAGGCGUCCGCUUUCUCGGCUGCAUCGCUGGACGAUGUAAGCCUAAACGAUAAUUCUACAAUUGGAGACAAAACAGAAAAAUCCCUUGAUACGGCGCCUUCGUCAACCAAGAAGCUGUCAAUAAGCAGUAUAGCUAGUGCCCUGCCCGCCAUGCCGUGGUCACCUUCCGCUACCGACGAAGCUGUAAAAAGCCCACCCGCGGCCGCUGCCGCCGCUGCCGCCGCCGCUCCUCCUGCGCCUGCGCCCGCAGCCCUUACUCCGGCACCACCGCCUCCCGUCACCAGAAAACUAACCAGCCCCUUUUCCUGGCUGUCCAGGAGUUCAUCAAAGGAGCAAGCCAACCCACCCCCACCGCCAGCCGCCGCAACGGCUCCAAGACGGAAUACCGCCAGCUCUGUUGCUACUCUCUCCAGCAACCCCGAUGGGACGUUAGGCAAGGUUGACGAGGAGGGCAAUAAGAACACUCUCAAGGAUCGCUUCAAGCAAUUGCGCCUAAGAGAGGAGGGCAGCGCGCCCACGGGAGACGAUGACGAGAAGAGCUCUACCCCGGAGGAGAAGGAAGCAGUCCAACCCCCUCCGUCGCCGCUUCCACCAACUCCCAACCCGGCUCUCGCACCCGGUACCGCAUCCGGGGUCACUGCUGGCCCAGCGGGCUCCGAUACUCCUGUGGACUGGGAUCUGUGGCAGACGGUUGUGUACGAAGGUCCCGCAGCUGUUGCUCGGACAAGCCCUGAGCAGUUGAAGGAGGCCAUCGCGAAGGGUAUCCCCAGCGCCAUUCGUGGAGUCAUCUGGCAAGUUCUGGCACAAAGCAAGAAUGAGGAACUGGAAACGGUUUACCGAGACUUGGUUGCGAGGGGCACAGACAAGGAGAGGAAAACUGACAGGCAGAGCAAUGCCUCAAUAUCACUGAGUAACGGCGGCAAGCCGAGCGGCAAGGAUACGCCCUCUUCUGCCUCGUCAGUUCACUCAGAAAAAUCUGGGCCCAACGGAACCGGCGCUCCUUCUCCGACAGAGAAAGACGCGGAAGCCCUCGCCAAGGCCCAGGCUCUUGCCGCGGCGGAGCGCAAGAAGAAGGAAAAGGAAGAUAAGGAAAUGUUGUCGAGGCUCGAAAAGGUCAUUAGAAGGGAUCUGGGCGCUCGAACGAGCUAUUCCAAAUUUGCCGCCGCCCAAGGGCUUCAGGAGGGCCUCUUUGGCGUGUGCAAGGCAUAUGCUCUCUUUGACGAAGCCGUCGGCUAUGCCCAAGGCAUGAACUUCCUCGUCAUGCCUCUUCUCUUCAACAUGCCCGAGGAGGAGGCCUUCUGCCUGCUGGUACGACUAAUGAACCAAUACCACCUUCGCGAGCUCUUUAUCCAGGACAUGCCCGGUCUGCACAAGUGCCUCUACCAGUUUGAGCGCAUACUCGAGGACCUCGAGCCCGCUCUCUACUGCCACCUCCAUCGGCGUGGCAUCUCCCCUCACCUCUACGCCACGCAGUGGUUCCUCACCUUGUUUGCCUACCGCUUCCCCCUGCAGCUCGUUCUGCGCAUCUAUGACCUGAUCUUCUCCGAGGGUCUGUCGGCCAUCAUCAAGUUCGGCAUUGUGCUCAUGCAAAAGAACGCGACCGCCCUCCUCGGCAUGUCCGACAUGUCGCAGCUCACCACUUUCCUCAAGGACCGUCUCUUCGACGUCUACAUCGACGCCACCCCGUCGUCCAACUCAAUCCUCGAGAACGGCUUCUUCGGCUCCAGUUCCGCUAGCAUCGACAAGGAGGUCUACCGUGCCGACCAGCUCGUCCGCGACGCGUGCGACGUCAACAUCACGGCCGAGCUGCUCAAGGAGUACGGCAAAGAGUGGGAGGAAAAGACCAAGGCCGAGAAGGAGCGGGAGCAGGAACUCGAAGGUCUGAAGCAGGCCAACACCAAUUAUACGGUCAUAGUACGCCGACUCGAAGAGCGCAUCGAGGCCGUGGAUCGUGAGCAGGCCUCGCUUGCGACGGAGCUGGUGAGGACAAAGGUGGAGAACGAGGAGCUCAGGGAUGAGAAUGAAUCUCUCAGGGGCCAGGUGAAGGAGCUGAGGGUGGUGAUUGAGCAUCAGUCAACGGAGAUGGAGAACAAAUGGAAUCUGGAGCGGGACGAUUUGAUGAAGAGGAACGAGAAGGUGCAUCAGGAGAAUCAGAAGCUGGAGAAAGAGCUGGCGGAUUUGGAGGAGCAGUUGGUGCAGACCAAGUUGCAGUACGCUGAGAUCAACUCGGCUCAUGAAACGCUUACUAGGAAGUGGGCGGAUCUCAAGAGGCAGGUGCAAGCUGCUUGAUCGAGGAUCGCGGUAUGUGGUGUGUGAUACGCGGUAUGGAAUACGGUGUGGUGUCUAAGAGUUGAAUUCGGUGUUAUUGGACAAUCAGCCUUGUUGUCUUGUCAUCUUCUACGAGAGAAGGGAUAGACGAUCAAAAGAACCAUCACAGUAGCUUUGCUUUGCGUUGCUUCUUUACAUGUUGGGACAUGGAUGGAUACCUCUACCUUUAGAUAGUUGUCGUCCUCAGGUUGUGUUGGUGCAUUCCAUACCUACUGUUGUUUGUUUAGUACCUUGCCAUGUCCUGUUCAAUUAGGAAGUUGACUACCUCUUAUGGCGGUUCAUUUUGGAGGGAAUGAAAAUCAGGGAGGGGGACAAGAAGGCAAGAAGGGAAGAAGGGAAGGGAAGUGAGGCAUUAUACAUAGACGACAGAGGGACAGAGAGAGAGACAGGGCACAAAAAGGGGGGAACGAAAGGGUGGGAUGGGAGAAGAUGAGAAAGCAUGAGGUAGCAAUGAAGAAGCAUGAGAGAACAGAGCAUAAGGAGAAAAACAGCAUAAUUUACAGUUACAAUGGGCAUCCUAACAACAUAG